AUGGCCGGUGGCGGUACUGCCGGGACCGGCGUUUACGAUGCCGCGCUACACAAGCGGCAGGCGAUGAUGGGGGCCAGUGGGCCGGCGGCGCUGGUCAAGAACCUCCGCGUCUUCUCGAUCGCGGCGUUCGCCUGUAUCGGUGGUGUGCUGUACGGGUACAACCAGGGCAUGUUCUCGGGGGUCCUGGCCAUGCCAGCGUUCAACCGCCACAUGGGCGACUACACCCUGGACCAGACCAAGAAGGGCUGGCUGACGGCCAUUCUGGAGCUGGGUGCCUGGCUCGGCACGCUGUUGUCGGGGUUCCUGGCUGAAGUCCUGUCUCGCAAGUACGGUGUGUUGGUGGCUUGCACCGUGUUUAUCAUUGGUGUCAUUGUACAGGCGACGGCGGUCACUGGAGGCCCCAAUGCGAUUCUGGGCGGGCGUUUCGUGACUGGUAUGGGCGUGGGAAGUCUGGCCAUGAUCAUCCCCAUCUACAACUCCGAGGUGGCGCCCCCUGAGGUGCGCGGUGCGCUGGUUGCGCUGCAGCAGCUGGCCAUUUGCUUCGGUAUCUUGAUCAGCUUCUGGAUUGACUACGGCACGAACUACAUCGGCGGUACAGGCGACGGCCAGACUGACGCAGCCUGGCUCGUCCCCAUCUGCCUGCAGCUCGCUCCCGCGCUCCUUCUCUUCGUCGGCAUGAUCUUCAUGCCCUUCUCGCCUCGCUGGCUGAUCCAUCACGGCCGCGAGGAGGAGGCCCGCAAGGUGUUGUCCAGCCUUCGCGGCAUCGACCCCGACCACGAACUGCUAGAGAUUGAGUUCCUCGAGAUCAAGGCCCAGUCCUUGUUCGAGAAGCGCUCGAUUGCCUUGCUCUUCCCUGAGCUGCAGGAACAGACCGUGUGGAACACGUUCAAGCUGCAGUUUGUGUCGAUCAAGAAGCUGUUCCAAACCCGCGCUAUGUUCAAGCGCGUGAUUGUCGCGUCUGUGACCAUGUUCUUCCAGCAGUGGACUGGCAUCAACGCCGUUCUAUACUACGCCCCCUUCAUCUUCGAAGGCCUCGGCCUCGACCUGAACACGACUUCCCUCCUAGCCACCGGCGUCGUCGGCAUCGUCAUGUUCGUCGCCACCAUCCCCGCCGUCCUCUGGAUCGACAAGGUCGGCCGCAAGCCCGUGCUCACCAUCGGCGCCAUCGGCAUGGCCACCUGCCACAUCAUCAUCGCCGUGCUGAUCGCCAAGAACAUGGACCAGUGGGACACCCAGCGUGCCGCCGGCUGGGCCGCCGUGUGCAUGGUCUGGCUCUUCGUCAUCCACUUCGGCUACUCGUGGGGCCCUUGCGCCUGGAUCAUCGUUGCUGAGAUCUGGCCCCUGAGCACCCGGCCGUAUGGUGUCGCGCUCGGUGCGUCUAGCAACUGGAUGAACAACUUUAUUGUUGGCCAGGUCACCCCGGAUAUGCUCAAGGGUAUUCCGUAUGGUACCUACAUCAUCUUUGGUCUGCUGACCUACCUCGGUGCCGCGUUCAUCUGGUUCUUUGUCCCUGAGACCAAGCGGUUGACUCUCGAGGAGAUGGACGUUGUCUUCGGCUCCGAGGGCACCGCCGCCGCCGACUUCGAGCGCAUGGCCACCAUCAACCAGGAGAUUGGCCUGACCCGUCUCCUGGGUACUGAGGGCGGUGUGGCGGCUGGGUCUAACUCGGAUGUGGAGAAGCCGCGGGUUGACACCACGGCCGAUGCUACUAAGGAGGUGUCGGUCUAA